AUGAAUCGAACAAAAGUCACCGUAGCGUGCCAGGCGUGUCAAAAGAAAAAGGUCAAAUGUACUGGUGUCGCUCCCUGCACUAACUGUAAUAGAACUGGUCAUCAAUGCGAAUUUACUGGCACCGCUAAAAAACGUGGACCUAGAAAUGGUACUGUCGAGGUGAUCAAAAGUUCGGCUAGUAGAAUUGAGAAUGUUUUGGAAAAAGAUCCAAGUUUACGACCUCAAAUUGAACAAAUGAUGAAACGUAGCUCCUCGGUCCGUUCUUCGAGAUCUCCUUAUGGUGCUUCCCUUAACUCAAUAAUGAUUGUUGAUAAUGAUCAUAGAAUGGAUACUACUUCUAGAUCUCAUAGUAUUCAUAAUAUCCCUAGAAAUUUUCCAUACCCUACUCCAACGUUAAUGCGACCUGUUCCGAAGUAUCCCUUAAACAUGAGAAAUAAUCAUGUGACUAAUGGAAAUGGAAUUUCAAAUUCACAAUUACCUGAUCAUCAUCAUCAAUUUUCCGCAAGUACAAAUUCGUCGCAUCAUAUUAAUUCCGUCGCAAUUCCACAAUCAUUACCGCCGAUCGCCACGUUAGAAACUUCUCCGCUUGUGGAAUGCACUUCCGUACAAUCAAAUACACAACUUAAACAUAGAGCGUUGUUGCCCGGCACGUUGUCCGACGUUCCACUGUCUCGCCAAACAAAUGCAAAUCCUUUACCACCUUUGUUGCAAUCAUUAGGUGAAGAUUCUAUGAAAUUACCAAUUCCUUGGAUGGGACAACAACCAAAAAAAUCCAUGUCAAUGCCGAUUCUCGGAAAUUCUGCGGGCAUUAAAUUAUUACUUUCACCAGCACCUGAUUUGGGGAAUCCUCUCGAUAAUAAUCGUCAUUUAAAAUCUCAAUGUUCUACUGAACAUUCAUCGGCCUCUUAUGAUACUUUAAAUUCUAACAAAGCACUUUCACCGACAAGAACAUUACCUUCUCCACCAUCGUUCUCGCCUCCUGAAUCAACUUCUCCAAAAUCUCUCAAUUAUUACGACGAAAAAAAUGUCGGUAAUAAAAGUUUACAAUCACUAGCUUUGUCACCGCCCUCAUCUCCGUCUACAUUUACACCGUACGUUGAAUCAAAUUCGUCAUGUCUUUUAUAUCAACCAGUGAGGUGGAAUAAUAACGAACUUGACGCGUAUAAACAUAAUGAACGAGUAAAUAUUGAACGAGCUCAAUCUGAAGAUCAUAAUAUUGUAGUUAUGAAAAUAUUAAAAGAGUAUUGUAAAGAUUGUAAUGAAUGUUGUGCUGAUGUUGCGUCGACAGAAAGUGCUAUAGACAUUCCUAUAGGUAAUCCUAUUGUUGCGAUACCUGCGGUUCCAGCUAAAAUGGAUCUAAUUUGA